GUUGGCUGUGAGGCGGCGUCUUGUACGUGUUCUGUGCGCCGCUCUGCUGGCCAAAAGAAACCAAAACGUGCGGCAAAUUGCGGCCAGUUGGCGGCAGAAACUGCUGCUGGGCGGGGAAAUCAAAAAAGCAAAAGAAGGAAAUUCCAAUUUAACAAAUCGAUUUCGGGGCUUUUUUAUAGUCCAAGGCGGACAGUCGUAUAAAUAGAGCCAGUGACAGGCUAAUGACAAAUUAAAUUGUUUGAACAGCCAGCAGGAAAAGCAGGAAAAGCGGACAAGGAAAAGCGGCCGCGGGCAUUAAAAAAUUACGAAGCGCGCGUGUGAAAACUUUGAGCUGUUAUCGGCCAAAACAACAGCAACAAUAAACUGCGAUAAAAGCAACAAAACAAACGGGAAAAAGUUUCUUUAUUUUUGGUUUUAUUCGAAGAGUCGCCCCCGAAACGCCCAACGUUGCCACACGGCCGCACGGCCACAGGACGACCAUCAAACAGCAGAACGCAAAUCAAGAACGACAAUGACGGCGUCGCGGCUCCCGGGCUCAUCCUGCUGCGUCCUGCCGGCCCUCCAUCAGAUCCGGACGCACCGAGCGUGUUGAGCAAUUUCCCCGGCGACGACUGUUGUGCGCUCGAGCGCUGAAUCGAGGCUCUGCGAGCAACUCAAACAGAGAGACACGUACCGGAAGAGGUGCCCCCGUGAGGAUUGGCCAAUGGAGUGGUGGAGCCCCGUUGUAGCUCCGGUCUCCGGCUCGGAGCGAUGUCGGGCAUGAGGACCAACUUCCCGGUCCCGUGGUUUGCAUUGCAGAUUGCAAUUAUUCGCGUUUUAAAUUACGCGCACAGUUUGUCAAAGAUAAACUUGGCGGCACAGCCACGACGACGGGAGAUCAUUAUGUUCAGAGCAAUGGAAAGGACUUUAAUAAGCAACGUUUUAAUCAGAGUGCCGGGCGUUAAGUGACCGCGAAAUGAGCGACAUGUCAAGGACCAAAGUUUCUGAUUUCCUCAACACCAGCAGCAGCAGCAGCGGCAGCAGCAGCACUGCCAUCAGUCGAACGACAAUGACAUUAGCUGCAACAUCAUCAUCAGCAACAGCAACAGCAACUGCAACGAGCAGGCCCACGAAAUCGAUUGCAACAUUCGUGGCAGGUAGCGCCGUCUUUAAUGCCACGGUCACAACAACGGCCACAGCCUCAAAGAGUAGCGGCAACCUUCUGCUAACAACGGCCACACUAACGGCCUCCACGGGGUCUGCAACAACGACGACGACGAGUUUGCCUACAACAUCGCAAUUUGUAGAUGGCUCGUUGACUUCGCUUUCAUUAAGAGCCACAUCGACAGCCUCAAUAUCAUCGUCGUCGGUUGGAGCUGGAGCUGGGGCUGGCGCUGCAGCUGUCACUGGCACUGGAGCCCUGUGGUCCUCCGAGUCCCCGUUUGAGCUGUUCCCAACAGUUGGGGCAAACAUAACAGCCAAUAUCAGCAGCAUCCUCGAGCAGGGCGAGGGACAGUUGGAGGAGAGCUGGGUGGAUCUAUCGGUGCUGCUGCUCAAAGGAUUCAUCUUCUCGUCAAUUAUCCUGGCCGCAGUCCUCGGCAAUGCCUUGGUUAUCAUCUCCGUACAGCGCAAUCGCAAGCUGAGGGUGAUAACCAAUUACUUUGUGGUGUCGCUGGCCAUGGCGGACAUGUUGGUGGCCCUCUGUGCGAUGACAUUCAACGCGUCCGUGGAGCUGUCCGGCGGCAAGUGGAUGUUCGGGCCGUUCAUGUGCAACGUGUACAACAGCCUCGAUGUUUACUUCUCCACGGCGAGCAUCCUGCACCUCUGCUGCAUCUCCGUCGACAGAUACUAUGCCAUUGUGCGUCCGCUGGAGUAUCCAUUGAACAUGACGCACAAAACGGUCUGCUUUAUGCUGGCCAAUGUCUGGAUACUGCCCGCCCUCAUCUCGUUCACGCCCAUCUUCCUGGGCUGGUACACGACGGAGGAGCAUCUGCGGGAGAUAUCGAUGCACCCGGACCAGUGCUCAUUUGUGGUCAACAAGGCCUAUGCCCUCAUCUCCAGUUCGGUGAGCUUCUGGAUACCCGGCAUCGUGAUGCUGGUGAUGUAUUGGCGCAUCUUCAAGGAGGCUGUGCGGCAGCGCAAGGCCCUCAGCCGCACCAGCUCCAACAUCCUGCUGAACAGCGUGCACAUGGGCCACGCCCAGCAGCCCACCAACCUGAGCUAUCUGCAUCCGAGCGACUGCGAUCUAAAUGUGGCAUCCACGCGCGAGGAGACGCACAGUGCACUGAGCAACUUGGAGGACAUGCUGCAGCCGGCCACGGAUGAGGACGACGACAAGGACGAGUGCGAGUGCGAUGAACUGCGCGUGCCCUCACCCCCGCCGCGGCGCCUCAGCCGCAGCAGCAUCGAUCUGCGUGACCUGGAGCAGGAGCGCUACGAAAAGGUCACCCACACGGACAGCGCCCCCUCGAUGAUGGCCCUGCAGCAGCAGCAGCCCUCGCACAAUCACAACCAGCUGCAGCCGCCAGCGCCUGUGUUCAAUCCACAGAUAUGGACGGAGUCCUUUCCGACCGCAAAGAUUACCCAAGUGGAGGGGCCGGAGACGCAGCCGGACGGAGAGCAGGAGCAGGAGCCAGAGCAGCUGCAGCAUCCGGCGCUACCGCAGCAGCAGCUGAGCCUGACGAGCGGCAGUGGCAACAGCGAGCCGGAGGCGGAGUCCACGGCUUACCGGGUCUUCGGGCUGCACAGCGACGAGAGCGAGAGCAACGACCUCUAUGACACGCACUUGCCGCUGGCCGAGGACAACAAGGAGCUGAAGCGCCUCAUCGAGGACAACUAUCUGUACUUCAAGAAGCAGACGGGCGGCACGGUCAUCAGUGCACCGGGGGGCGGCAAGUACGCCGCCCUCAGCGAGACGGACUUCAUCAGGCUGAAGGCGGGGGCGGCGGCCUGUGGACGGAAGGCGAUUGCCGCCAGCGACUCGGAAUUCCUGCGCACGAUCAGCGAGGCCAGGGCCAGCACGGAGCAGCCGAUGCCCGGCAAGGAGAAGGGCUUCAACUUCCUCUCGCUGCUGGCCAAGACGAAGCGCUCCAGUGCCGAGUGCUUCGCCCUGGAGCGGAAGCGGAACCAGGCCACCUCGGAGGGGUCCAGCUUCUUCCGGCGCGCCCGCAACCGGAAGCUCUCGCACAGCUACAACGGAAGCGCUGGCGGCGGCGGCAAGGAACGCAAACUUGAGCGACGCCAGCGGCAGCACAGCGACACCGACUCGACGCCCAACAAGCCGGACAUCCUGCUGGACAUCAACGUCCUCAGCGAGCAGAGCGGGGCCUGCGUCAUCCAGCAGUUCAGCGAUGGCGUGCAGCUGAUCGACUUCAGCGGCGACACUGACGGACUCGGACUCGGAGUCGGAGUCGGCAUCGGCCUAGGCAUCGGGGGCCCGGGGGACGAGCUGGCCCAGCUGGCUGACUGCUUUGGGGAGUCCCCCAAGCAUCCGGCCACGCCGCCGCCCUCCCUCUCGCCGCCCGAGCUGCCGGAGCAGAGCGGCAUGCUGAUUGCCAACAGCUCGGAGCUGGCCGAGAUCUUCCGCUCGCUCAGCUUUCCGCUGGGCGAACAGGGGCGAUGCGGCGGCUCGAGGUGCCAGGCGACGGCCCCCCAGCGAAUGAGCACGCUGAGCGAUCAGGUGUGCGCCAACUAUCUGAUGUCCCCACCGAACACUCCACCGGCCACCGCGGGCACGUCCGCCUCCAAUGGCAACGCCAUGGGCUCCUCCAACUCGCAGUCGGCGUCCAUCAAUGUGUACUUCCUGUCGCCGCCGCCGCCGCCGCAUGCGGCCGGACAAGGCUACUCGCCAAGCGACACCUCCACGGUAUCGCUGGAUGUGGUCACCACGCUGCCGCCAGAAAUAAUCCUCGACUCGACGCUAUCCCCCGGGGAGGGCGGAUGCGACGGCCUGGGCGGCGAGCCCAGGGAUGUCACGUCCCCGCUGUUCAAGCGCAAAGAUAGCUCCGGAGAUGCGGAUGUGAGCGUUUCCGGCGGCCGUCAACGCUGCAGCAUCCUGGCCGGCUACGAUGGCCUGCAGACCGUGAGGAAGCGACAGGCCUCUGUGGUGACCUAUGACGUCAAUGUCAUUAAUUUCUCGCAGGAUAACAGCGACAGUCGCAGCUACAUUCCCAUGGGUCGCGUCUCUACCAGUUCUGCAAAGCACGAAUUUUCCAAUAAAUCCUCGCUCAUCCGACGCGGUGGCAUCUGCAUCUUUGUGGAUGAGGAGGAGGCCGAGAUCAGCGAACAGAAGCCGCGCGGCAUCAAGUUUGCCCCGGUGUCCAGCCCGCUGCCCAAGUGUCCGCUCUGCGGCUCUGUGCGGCCGGCAAAGGGAUGGAAGGCCGAGCACAAGGCCGCACGAACUUUGGGCAUCAUCAUGGGCGUCUUUCUGCUCUGCUGGCUGCCCUUCUUUCUAUGGUAUGUCAUCACCUCGCUCUGCGGCCCGGCCUGCCCCUGUCCCGAUGUGGUUGUGGUGGUGCUCUUCUGGAUCGGUUACUUCAACUCGACGCUGAAUCCGCUUAUCUACGCCUACUUUAAUCGGGAUUUCCGUGAGGCAUUUCGCAAUACGCUGGAGUGUGUGCUACCGUGUCUGGAGAAGCGAAAUCCCUACAAUGCGUACUACGUCUAGACCGGAUAUACAACCCCCCAACCCCCAACCAAACCCCAACCCCAAACCCAAACACCCCAAUUCAAUAUUGAACAAUGCCCCUGUAAGUGAUAUUUAAUACUUGAGAAACUCGUAAUACCAAAAAAAAAAAAGUAAGCAUGGAAAAACCAAGUGGAAAACAAAAGGCGUUCGUGCAAGCAUCUCUAGCUAGUAAAAUCCUUCGAGCUAAGCAAUACUCAAUGUGUGUUUCCGUAUACGUGUAGUUUUUCAUUUAAGCAACGAUAGGGAAUUAAAUAAAAUUUAUGUUCUGUGCGCCCCAUUGGUGCGACCACUCGGACGUACUGGGAGAGCGCCGCUGCCCCAGAACUACACUAAACAUACUUACAUAGUACAUAUAUAAGUGUUGUUGUCUCAAGAACAAGAUAUACGUAAACAUAUAUACAGAUACAUGCUAUAUACCAUACAAUAUACAUACAUAUACUAUAUAGGAAAGCCAAGCAAUUGGAAAACAAUCAAUGGCUUAUACAUAUGCGAAAAACUUCAGAGUUCAAGUAAAUACGAGUAUAUUUAAGAAGCAACGAUUGUCUCUUCGGCGUUUCGAAGGGUUUAUACUUUUUUCGGGAAAUGUUUAGGUCACUGUCCUUCUGUUAUUUCGAAAAAAUCUCUCUUUACUAGCACUCAAAUCUUCUAUAUGCAGUCCCGUCCAAGUCCCCAAGAAAUGAAUAAGAGCAAAACACCCCUUACAAUCCGAUCAAAAUUUCCAAGAAAGAGUGUAAACCUACAAUAAAACCCCAUAAGCAUUAAGUAUCAUAUAUGUAUGUAUAAUCUAGUGUUCUACAAGCAAACCAACAUACUUGAAUUAAAACGAAAUUGAGAAUUAUCUUAUCAUUAAUUAUGCAAUUGAAAUGAAGUAAAAACAAAAACAAAAAAAAGGAUAAUGUAAAGAAAACGUGUACGAUGCGAAGCUCUGAAUUUUCAAGCCGAAUGACAAUCUACCAAAAAGUAAACCACAAAAAAUGAGAAUUGAAAAUUCAAAAUUGACAAGCUGUAGAAAAUGUCGCUAUUCGCUGCAAAAUCGAUUUAGUUGUAGUUACUUUUACAUGUUUUUCAAUUUGGUUGCCGGGAAUCCCCUCUCUUGAGUUGAGAAGACUUUUGUGAUAGCAAAGGAAAUUGAUUGUAUUUCUAGUUGAAUUGUUUUACGUUCGUUGCGUCUAAGGCAAAGCAUCCCGUACAUAACGAGUACCCUAACGAGUAUCUACAUAUGUAC